CGCAGGGAAUGGGAUAGUGGGUGUUUGAAGUUGUUACUGCAUAAAAAAUAUGCCAGGCUUUAUAUACUGUCAACAACAUUGACAUUUCAGACUUCAGUCAGAACUCAGGUGCAUUGACCGACCUUUGAGCUUUUUCACUUGUACAACGUUGAUCAUUCCAGAACACCAACGAGAUGAAUGCAGAUACCUGCAAAAUGAAUGGAGGACAUACUUACGAGUCCAACUAUAUCGAAGAAAGUACAAAAGAUAAUAGAAUUUCUUUGAUCUUUACACUAAAAGAAGAAGUUGGAGCAUUAGCCAGAGUCUUGCGCAUAUUUGAGGAAAGAGAUAUUAGCUUGACGCACAUAGAGUCCCGACCUUCUCGUCUAAACAAAGAUGAAUACCAGUUCUUCAUCAACUUAGACAACAAGAGCAUUCCUGCACUAGAUGAGAUUGUCAGGUGUCUGAGACAUGACAUUGGAGCAACUGUACAUGAACUUUCCAGAGACAAGAAAAAGGAUGCUGGUUCCAGCUCUGCUUUUUUGCUUCAUGCCACUUUAAGCUCCACAGAAUCCAUGCUGCAUCAGAACGAUAUUAUUGCAAUUCCAUGGUUUCCACGGACUAUACAGGACCUGGAUAAGUUUGCCAAUCAAAUCCUGAGCUAUGGAGCAGAGCUAGAUUCUGACCACCCUGGUUUCACUGAUCAAGUAUAUCGAGCACGGCGCAAAGAAUUCGCUGACAUUGCUUUCAGCUAUAAACAUGGUCAACCCAUUCCUCAUGUGACAUACACUGAGCAGGAGAAGAAAACAUGGGGCACGGUGUACAAGGAGUUGAAAACUCUGUAUCCCACGCAUGCCUGCUAUGAGCAUAACCAUGUGUUCCCAUUGUUGGAAGAAUACUGUGGAUAUAAUGAAAACAACAUCCCUCAGCUUGAAGAUGUGUCUAAUUUCCUACAAACCUGCACCGGUUUCCGUUUACGUCCUGUUGCUGGUUUGCUGUCAUCUCGGGAUUUUCUAGCCGGAUUGGCAUUCCGGGUUUUUCACUCUACGCAAUAUAUUCGGCAUUGGUCAAAACCCAUGUACACACCUGAACCAGAUAUUUGUCACGAGUUAUUGGGGCAUGCACCUUUGUUUGCUGAUCCCAGUUUUGCUCAGUUUUCUCAGGAAAUUGGAUUGGCAUCUCUUGGCGCUCCCGAUGAGUAUAUCGAAAUGCUGGCUACGGUUUACUGGUUUACAGCAGAGUUUGGAAUAUGUAAGCAAGGGGAUAAGCUGAAAGCGUAUGGAGCUGGCCUACUUUCGUCAUUUGGCGAAUUGCAGUAUUGUUUGACAGAUAAACCAGAGUUUAAACCCUUUGAACCUGAGAAGACUGCGUUGCAAAAAUAUCCAAUUACAGAAUUCCAACCUGUUUAUUUCAUUGCUGACAGUUUUGAAGAUGCAAAGGAAAAAGUGAGGAAAUUUGCAGCUACAAUUCCUCGUCCUUUCUCUGUUCGCUACAACCCUUACACACAAAGCAUCGAGGUUCUGGACAACAUGCAGCAGCUGAAGAAUCUGGCCGACUCCAUUAGUGGUGAACUUGGGAUUCUGUGUAGUGCCCUUAGAAAGCUGGAGUGAGGAGAAGUUCACUACUGUGUCCAUAAUGAUUUGCUUGUGGUUGUUAUGAAUAUAUGUUUGUAUUAUAAUCCUAUAAGCAGUUAAUGGUUUGAUUAGAUUAUCAAGCUUUGCAAUGAAUACCUGAAGUGGCAUAUGCAUAAAGGAGAACAACAUAGUGUAAUACUGUAUUUGCUACAAAAUAUUUUUUAUAAAACACUUAAUGAUCAGUCUGUUGCCAAGCAGGUCAAAAUGUCUCUUCUGGAAUUGAGCUAUUUAGUAAUAAGGUCCUAUACAAAAUAAAGGUCUUAUACAUCAUUACUCAUUGCUCAUUACACAUUGAUUUCAUAAAGAACAAACAAUUACCAUGAAAAAAUAA